UGAAGCUUGCGGAGGAUAUUGCGACAACUGUUCCAAAAGAGGAAGAUGAGGAUCAGACACAGCCAAUGCAAACUAUGGAUAUAAGUGACUCGAUGAUCCAGGACACAGCAAACAUUUCUUUAGGAAGAUGAAGAAGUAGAUUCUGCGAAGGAGGAUGAUAAGAUAGAAAUUGAAAAGGGGAUGAAUCCUGUCAAAGAAGUAAAAGUUGUAAAUCCACCAAGCGAAUCGGAAAGCGACAAUACUGAGGGUUCUGACGAUGAUGUCGAUACAACCUCACAACCAGCCAUGAAAAAUCCAUUCUUCUGUCCAGUAUGUGGUCGAUCGUACAAAUACAAUAGAACAUUGAGGGAUCAUGUCCGUACAAACCACGCAGAUAUGUUCCAGGAGAAAAUUGAUCCAGAUUCCGGCAACGAACCUUCCUUAGAGGUAAUCCCAAAGCUACCGAAAGUUACUUGCAGAUAUUGUAAUGAGCAGUUCAGGAGACUAGAUAAAUUCUGCCACCAUUUGGUUGUCCACCCAGUGCCAUACCGUUACAAAUGCCUUAAUUGCCCGAAAACAUUCGCUACUAGCACCAUGAGAACACUGCACCAAAACAUACAUGAAGGUUUGCGACCAUAUAAGUGCUCCCAUUGUCCAAAAGCCUUCGCCAAUCCCACAAACCUUAUGCAUCAUGAACGUAUUCAUUUGAAAAUCUACAAUUACGCAUGCCAGUUUUGCGGUAAAACCUUCAUUCAAAAGAGCGAUAAGGUCACCCACGAACGCAUCCAUACCAAAGAAAUGCCUUAUCAAUGUGAAGAAUGUGGCCAAAAGUUCAUAUGUCAAGGGAAGCUGACUGCACAUACUCGUCGACAUAAGAAUAUCAAGAACUACAAAUGCGAGUACUGUGAGAAAGCAUUUUAUAACAGUGGAACAUUAAAGAAUCAUCUGGUUGUGCACACAAAGGAACGACGGUACAGUUGUAAUAUCUGCAACAAAAAGUUCACACGAGGUUUUUCGCUGAAGGAGCAUAAACGCCUCCAUUCAGAAGUUAAAAAGUAUAUAUGCAAAGUGUGCGGAAAGGACUUCACCCAAUUUCCGGGACUUAACUCCCAUAUGAAAUCACAUCGGGAAGUAGGACCUGAAAGUGAUUCGAAAUUUGCGGCACACCAGACGUGUCCCCGUUACAAUUAGAUUAGAUUAGAAUAUGUAGAUACGGAUUCGGUUAAUAAAAUUUUCUAAAAUAUAAAGAAAUAUGUAUAUUAA